CCCGAUUCUUCCAGGCCAGAGGGCGUUGCAACUAACAAACGCUGCUUUCACGAGAAGGGUUCUUCCUUCCUUCUCCACUUGUUCUAUUCCGUCACACGAGUCCGACGACGGCGACGACGACUUGAGGGAGAAGGCCAAGAGGAAGGCACUCCAGAGAGGUUCGACGGGGAUUUUGCUGUUCGUCCGUCGGAUUCCCAGCGAUCGGCCGAUCUCCGGCGGCGGAUGGGGCAGGCGUUCCGCAAACUGUUCGAUGCCUUCUUCGGCAACAGCGAGAUGAGGGUCGUGAUGCUUGGGCUGGAUGCCGCGGGCAAGACCACCAUCCUCUACAAGCUGCACAUUGGGGAGGUCCUCUCGACUGUCCCUACGAUUGGGUUCAAUGUUGAGAAAGUUCAGUACAAGAACGUGCUGUUUACAGUGUGGGAUGUUGGUGGCCAAGAGAAGUUGAGGCCCUUGUGGAGACAUUACUUUAAUAACACAGAUGGCUUGAUCUAUGUGGUUGAUUCAUUGGAUAGGGAGAGAAUUGGAAAAGCCAAAGCAGAGUUUCAGGCAAUAAUCAACGAUCCUUUCAUGCUUAACAGUGUCAUAUUGGUAUUUGCCAAUAAACAAGAUAUGAAAGGGGCGAUGACACCAAUGGAGGUGUGCGAAGGCCUUGGCCUCUAUGAUUUGAAGAACCGCAUGUGGCACAUCCAAGGUUCGUGUGCCCUCAAAGGUGAUGGUCUUUAUGAGGGUUUGGACUGGCUGUCAAGUACUCUGAAGGAUCUACAAGCGUCCGGUCGCCUACCGUCAGGAGGGACCUAACAGCUCUAAGUAGCAGCUCUGCUUGUAAGAUCUUAAUGCUCAUACUAACAACCUUGUAUGAAAGAUGACACUCGGAAAGAAAGAAAAGAUAGUGGUGAGAAACACCUUAUAGCCACACAUCCAGUUUUCGCGUUAAGCUUCGGUGUUGAUUCUGCUGAAGAAAAGACCUUGCUUGGGUCUGACCACAUCAAAUUUACCAGUACAAUUUUGUCAUGGAUAGUGUGGAUUCUCUAAUUCGUGACAUAUAACAUGUAAAUUUUCCUGUGAGUUUAGAGAAGUUAACCAUCUUAUGCUUUUGUUCACAUCUGAAGAGUGGAACAUAAUGUUAUUGAUGUAAAUUUUCUGUAAGAUAAUUUUGGCAGAUACAGUUUAUGCCUGAGAAUGUGGUAGCAGUACCUGCGAUAA